AUGUCACAAGAUGUCUUUCAAUCAAAAAUAGAUCAAACCUUUGAGGGCUGCAAUGGUGUUGUGGGAAUCGCUGACGACAUAGUGGUCUUUGGCAAGACAGCGGAAGAGCAUGAUGAAAACCUACAUGGUAUGAUGGAGAGAUGCCAAAACACCGGUCUAAAGCUCAACCCUGAGAAAUGUUUCAUAAAGCAGAAACAAAUCAAAUUCUGUGGAGUUAUAUGCAAUGAAGAGGGUAUUAAGCCAGAUCCAUCCAAAGUUUCCGCCUUGAAACAGAUGACAAAGCCCAGAGAUCGUCGUGAGCUCCAGACAUUCCUUGGGCUAGCCACAUACAUGGGUCCUUUUAUCCCAAACCUUAGCUCCAUUACAGCACCAUUACGAGAAAUCCUAAAGAAGAAGAAUACCUUCGAAUGGAAUGAAAACUACCAACGAGCAUUUGACGAAGUUAAACAAGCCAUCAGUGAAGAGAUCACCUUAAACUAUUUCGACAGCACCAAAGAAGUUGUUCUACAAGUGGACGCUUCAACAAAGGGUCUCGGAGCAGCACUAAUACAAGAAGGGAAACCUGUUGCGUUUGCAAGUAAAUCAUUAACAGACGUGGAGACCAGAUAUGCCAACAUCGAAAGGGAAAUGCUGGCUGUUGUAUAUGGAUGCGAACGUUUCCACACCUAUUUGUUUGGACGACCAGUAAUUGUCCAUACUGACCAUAAACCGCUCGAGAGUAUCCACCUGAAACACCUCACGUCUGCACCACCCCGACUGCAGCGUAUGCUACUCCGGUUACAACCCUACGACCUAACUAUCAAAUAUAUUCCAGGAAAAGACAUGCUACUAGCAGAUGCUCUGUCACGAUUAUCCCCCGAAGAAAAGAACCCAGUGAAAGAUAUGAACGUGGAAAUUCACGAAGUUUGCCCACAGUUUAGCAGCGAAAUGAUCGAGAAGGUCAAACUAGAAACAACUUCUGAUCAGGAGCUGAUGAUGCUCAAAACGAUUGUGCACGAAGGCUGGCCAACAUCAAUUAAAGAAGUUCCACAAGUUCUCAAACCGUAUUGGUGCUACAGAGACGAAAUUAGUAUUGAAAAUGGAAUACUCAUGAAAGGGCAAAGAAUCAUUAUACCAUCAACCCUUCAAGUCGAAAUUCUUGGAAAACUUCAUGCAGCACAUCAAGGUGCAGAGAAAACAAAACUUCGUGCCAGAACAUCCGUCUUUUGGCGAAAGAUGAACGAAGAUAUCGACAAAAUAACCAAAUCUUGUCGUACCUGCCAAGAAUUCCAACCAACGCAAACCCGACAACCACUCAUCCCAACAGAGAUACCACCUCGCCCUUGGCAUACAAUUGCCACUGAUCUGUUCUAUCUUGAUAACACAGAAUAUUUGCUUGUUUCCGAUUAUUACUCCAAGUACCCAUUUGUGAGGAAAAUCCCAAAAGGGCAGAGUAACAGCAAGACCAUUAUAGCGAUCCUAAAGCAGAUAUUCAGCGAACAAGGAAUCCCAGAAGUCGUUCGUUCUGAUAACGGUCCACAUUAUUCCAGCAAGGACUAUCGCGAAAUUGCUAAUGAAUACGGGUUCCAGAUAGUAACAAGUUCACCCCAUUAUCCCCGAAGUAACGGGUACAUUGAAAGUCAAGUGAAGACCGUGAAAGCAAUAUUAGCUAAAGCUAAGAAGACCGAAACUGACCCGAACAUUGCUCUCCUUUGCUUGCGCUCCACACCGAUAGACAAUACGUUACCAUCACCAGCAGAACUGCUCAUGAAAAGGAAACUUAAAGACAAUUUACCGCGGAAAAUUACCGGGGUUCACAAUAGUGAUGACAUUAUAACUAGAUUAGAGCAAAGGCAGGAAAAGCAAAAACAAUAUCAUGAUCAACACGUGAAACCUCUUCCUGCUCUACAGUCAGGACAAUCUGUCAGUGUCCAAAAUCCGUCGACUGGCAAAUGGAGUCCAGCAACCAUAAAGGAAAAGAUUUUCAAUACCCCAAGAUCUUAUCAAGUCGACACACCAACAGGGGAAUUGAGGCGCAACCGAAUCCACCUGAGAGAAUUACUAUCUACGCCACAAUCAAGCACAACCACCAACAAUCCUGACAACAGCAACAAUCCUGACUACAGCAACAACACGUCAGGUAGAGUAACAACUCGAAGUGGACGAGUGGUAAAACCACCAGACUAUUACGCAUGA